AUGGUGAUGGGCCUUGGACUGGCAGAUGACACAGUAGCUGCGUAUAUUGAGGAGCCCGGCGGGACUGCAGGCAUACUGAUGGUUUGCUCCGCCUAUCUACCUGGAGACACUCAGGACCCCACAACGCAGCUAUCACCGGUAAUAGACUACGUCGGGAAUCAGCGCAUCCAACUUAUCCUGGGAAGUGAUUGCAACUCACAUCAUACAAGUUGGGGCAGCACCGACGUAAACUCCAGAGCAGUCAACAAAGCUGUCAAGACCGUAGUACAACUGGAACUAACGGUGGGAGAGCUGGAGCAUAGCUUGAAUGAUGCUUACCUCAGAAGCUGUCCUGUUAAGAAAACGUCAAAUAAACGUAACGUACCUUGGUGGAACGGUACUCUGACGCAACUCAGGAAAGAGACCCGAGCUCUGUUUAACAGAGCCAAAAGAGACGGGAACUGGGACGCAUACAGAACCGCCCUGACGACGUUUAAUAGGGAGCUAAGGAAGGUCAAAAGACGCUCUUGGGCAAGGUUCUGUGAGGAAGUGAAUAACACCUCGCAAACCUCCAGACUAUAUAAAGUCAUAUCUAAGGCCCCUAGCUCUCAUCCCAGCACUCUGAAAAGGCCAGAUGGUACUUACACUAAAACGGCGGAAGAAACGCUAAGAUUACUAGCCGACGUCCACUUCUCCAACAGUAUCCAUCUCGAAAAUCACGAAGCCUUCUCUCAUACGAUUAUUAAAACGAGACCAUCAGUUGACGAUUGGAGAAGAGCUUCCGUGAUGUUUAAGCCUGACCGAGUCACUUGGGUAAUUGACAGUUUCAAGCCUUACAAGACCGGCGGCGAGGAUAAUAUAUUUCCGGCCUUCCUACAGCAGGGCAAGGACAUUAUCCUUCCUAUGCUACUGAAAAUAUUCAGAGCAAGUUUUGCGUGGGGCUACAUCCCAUUGGCAUGGACAAAGGUAAGGGUGUCCUACAUACCCAAAAGUGGGGACAGAGACAAAGCUCUACCAAAGUCAUACAGUACAAUUAGCCUCACUUCUUUCAUGCUUAAAACAAUGGAGAAGGUGGUCAACCUACACAUAAGGGACACCUAUCUCACUAAAACGCCGCUGCAUGAAAGAUAA